GCAAAGUCUCUUUGAGGCAGACGUAGCACUGAGAUGGCUGAAGGACUCAGUCUCCAAAAGAUGGUGAAGAGCUCUCCUUCAAAGGCUUUGGUUAUCAGAAUCAACUUGAUUUUUCUCGCUUUCUUUCUCGUUAUCUAUGCUACGCUUCUUCUCCGGCCUUCUUCUUCUUCAGUCUAUUUCGAGAAUGAAGCUAAUUCUCUGGUUAGGUGCUCUUUCCACGACUGCCAUCACAAGAUGGAAACCAGCCGUGUGAUUAAGAUGAAGGCGGUGUUGGAAGAGGCUAAAAUCCAUAAACCAAAGCCAAGAGGAAACACGACAAAGCUUGAAGUGCCAAGCUUCAUGAAAAAAAUGGGCAACAAAGUGAAGAUUGGAAUGGUUAAUAUAGAUGAAGAUGAUGUUAGCGAAUGGAAACUGCAUGGAGAAACUAUACAAAUCCAUUUUGAAAGAGUCUCUGAAAAUUUUAAAUGGGAACAUUUAUUUCCAGAAUGGAUUGACGAGGAAGAAGAACUUGAAGGCCCGUCCUGCCCAGAAAUACCAAUGCCAGAUUUCAAAGCUUAUGAAACUAUGGACGUAAUAGUAGCCAAGUUGCCAUGCAAGUUUCCUGAGAAAUUAUGGAAGAGGGAAGUGUUUAGGCUGCAAAUUCAUCUGGUGGCAGCAAAUUUGGCAGUGAAGAAAGGGAAGAGGGAUCGGAGUUGGAAGACUAAAGUAGUGUUUUGGAGCAGGUGCCGGCCGAUGCUGGAGCUGUUUCGAUGCGAUGAGUUGGUGAGACAGGAAGGUGAUUGGUGGUUGUACGAGCCACAGAUGUGGAGGCUUGAACAGAAGGUUUCAUUGCCAAUUGGGUCUUGCAGGCUGGCUUUGCCUUUGUGGGGUAAAGGUAUUGAUGAAGCAUACGACGUAUCAAAGAUUCAGAACAAUGAAAGAACAAAGAGACGAGAGGCCUAUGUCACAGUUCUUCAUUCCUCGGAAUCCUACGUUUGUGGAGCCAUAGCCCUUGUCCAAAGCCUCCGCAAAACAGGCACAAAGCGAGACCUUAUCCUUCUCCUCGACAAAUCCAUUUCCCAACCCAAACGUGAAGCUCUCGCCGCCGCCGGAUGGAACAUUCGUCUCAUCAAAAGAAUCCGAAACCCUUUAGCCAAAAAAUACUCAUACAACGAAUACAACUACAGCAAGUUCAGGUUAUGGCAGCUCACGGAUUACGACAAGAUUAUUUUCAUAGAUUCAGACAUUAUCGUUUUACGUAAUCUUGACGUUCUCUUCCAGUUCCCUGAAAUGACUGCUACAGGAAAUGAUAUUUGGAUCUUUAACUCUGGGAUUAUGGUCAUUGAACCUUCAAAUUGCACGUUCAAAAUUUUGAUGGAUCAUCGCAAGGACAUAAUCUCCUACAAUGGUGGAGAUCAAGGUUUCCUUAACGAGGUGUUUGUCUGGUGGCAUAGGUUGCCGAGAAGAGUGAAUUUUCUGAAGAAUUUUUGGGCAAAUACUACACUUGAAGCAAGUGUUAAGAACGAGCUAUUUGGAGCAGACCCACCAAAAGUUUAUUCAAUUCAUUAUCUGGGAUUGAAACCUUGGAAUUGUUACAGAGAUUAUGAUUGUAACUGGAAUAUCGGAGAUCAGAGAGUUUACGCAAGUGAUGUUGCUCAUAGAACAUGGUGGAAAUUUCAUGAUGGUAUGGAUGAAAAUUUGCAAAAGUUUUGUGGGUUAACAAAGAACAGAAAGAUAGAGUUGGAUUGGGAUAGAAUGAUGGCUAGAAAGAACAGAUUCAAUGAUAAGCAUUGGAAGAUAAACAUUACAGAUUCAAGACGUAAAAAUUUGAUUUAGAGAAAUUGUAGCAGAUGAUAAAUUAAUAAUUUUUUUGUUUUCCAAUUUCGUAAUUUUCCUUUUCCUUCUCUUAAUUUUGUUUCUGGAUUAAAAACCAUAUGUAAUAAUUUCCUUAUAAGUUAUAUGUGAAUAUAUAGCUAUAAAUUGAGGA